CUGUUCUGCAGGGAUAGAAUCAUACAACAAGCAGGCAUUGCCAAAAGCAGGUUAUUGUAACUAGCCACCAUGAGAGAGGUGGCCAUUUUGCUGCUCAUUACCUUUGUAUUGGCCGCUGCUGUGUUUGCUCAGGAGGACUGUAGUCAAAAUUCUUGUCACCCACAACUUGGAGAUCUCCUCAUUGGACGAAGUGGCCAGCUGUCUGCCACAUCAACCUGUGGCCUAAAUGGACCUCAGAAAUACUGCAUCCUUGGUCAUCUAGAGGAAGAACAGAAGUGUUUUACAUGUGACUCCAGAUACCCAUAUAACCGCUACAACAAUCCAAUAAGUCACCAAAUAGAGAACAUUAUCACCACAUUUGAGUCGGAUCGAAAAAUGAAAUGGUGGCAGGCAGAAAAUGGUGUUGACCAUGUUAGCAUUCGUCUUGAUUUAGAAUCUGUGUUUCAAUUCAGUCAUCUUGUCCUGACAUUUAAGACAUUUCGACCAGCUGCCAUGCUAGUUGAAAGAUCCAAGGACAAUGGGCAGACAUGGAAAGUGUUUAGAUACUUUGCUCAAGAUUGUGCUUCUUCAUUUCCAUUUGUUCCAACUGGUCCAGCACGAAGAAUUGAUGACGUUAUUUGUGAUUCUAGAUAUUCAAGCACAGAACCUUCCACUGAUGGAGAGGUUAUUUUGAAAGCAUUGGAUCCCAGUUUCAAUAUUGAGAACCCUUAUGAUCCACAUAUUCAAGAGCUGAUCACUCUCACUAAUCUUCGGGUUAACUUCACAAAGUUGAUCACCCUUGGAGACAAUUUGUUAGUGAGACGGAAGAGGAACCCUGAAGAGAAAUAUUAUUAUGCCCUGUAUGAAAUGAUUGUAAGGGGUAGCUGCUUUUGCAAUGGUCAUGCUAGUCAGUGUAUGCCAGUUGACAGUACAAGGGGAGAUGUCUUCAGAGAACAAGGAAUGGUCCAUGGAGGGUGUGUUUGCCAGCACAAUACUGAAGGAUUAAAUUGUGAAAGAUGCAAAGAUUUCUACAAUGAUGCUCCUUGGAAGCCAGCAGAAACGUCAAACAUAAAUGCUUGUAAAAGAUGCAACUGCAAUCUUCACUCAGAUAGAUGCCACUUUGACAUGGCUGUUUAUUUAUCAAAUGGAGGAGUCAGUGGAGGUGUUUGUGAAGACUGUCAGCACAACACAAAUGGAGCAAACUGUGAGCAGUGCAGACCGUUCUUCUACCAAGAUCCUCUUCGCCCCAUUAGUGAUCCUUAUGUGUGCCAACCUUGUGACUGUGACCCUGAGGGCUCCAUUAAUAAUGGGCUGUGUGAGCCAGCUACAAAUACUGAAACUGGAGCCAUUGCAGGUCACUGUAUAUGUAAAGAAAAUGUGGAAGGGGUGAGAUGUGAUCGCUGCAAACCUGGCUUUUUUGGGCUGAGCAGAGACGACCCACAAGGCUGUCAAUACUGCAGAUGUAACAGACUUGGAAGUGUCUUGACACCAUCACCUUGCGAUCCAGUGACUGGAGACUGCAUUUGCCAGCGUUUUGCAACUGGUCCAUUAUGUGAUCAUUGCCUGCCAGGGUACUGGGGACUAGGAAACACAGUUUAUGGCUGUUCACUUUGUGAGUGUGACAUUGGGGGAGCUUAUAAUGACAAAUGUUUAGAAACAGAUGGUCAGUGUCAAUGUCUCCCUCACAUUGUUGGUCGAAAAUGCAAUGAACCAGCUCCAGGUUAUUUUUUUGCUCCUUUAGACUACUACAUCUAUGAAGCAGAGUACGCCUCACCACUGGAGCCAGCUGCCCAGUUGGUAAAUCCUAUUCCUCCAUGUGAUCGCUAUUUCAGAGAAAGAGGGUAUGACUUUAAAUUUGAAAACGGAAAAUUCAUUUUAACCAGAAUAAGUAAACGAAGUAUUAGAGAACGAAGACAAGUCCAGCAAAAUACAAUACCAUUGGAUCCUGGAUACCCUCUGCAGAUUGUGUUUCGUGAACGCAUUCCAGACAAACCUGUUACGUGGACAGGCCCAGGAUUUGUACGAGUCCGUCAUGGUGCUGGAUUAAGAUUUAGCAUUUCCAAUCUUCCAGCAUCAUUAAAUUACUCAGUUGUUAUUCGAUAUGAGCCUGAGUCUUCAGAUAACUGGAUUGCCGAGGUCACAUUCACUUCAAAUGACAUACCUUUAAAUGGACAAUGUGCUGAUCAGGCUUUUCAGACUAAAUCUGUUCCUUUAUUGUCAACAGGCAGGAUUGCUAUUUUGGACACUCCGAUAUGCUUAGAUCAUGAAGGCUACUACUACUUUGAUAUCUAUUUUAAACAAUAUCAUACCUCUGAGCAACAGCCCAACUCUCACAUCCUCAUCGAUUCAAUGGGACUAAUUCCAAGAAUAGAAUCACUUCAGAACUUUUGCUCCAAAAGUGAACUUGGUGCAUACCAACAUUAUGAGUGUAUUGAGAUUGCAUCUGAAGUGGGCAUCCAGAUCCUGCCAGAUGUGUGCCAGAGGCUUAUUGCUAGCAUGUCAGCUCGGAUACACAAUGGUGCAGUCGCUUGCAAGUGUAACACUGAGGGAUCUGUUAGAAAGUCCUGUAGUAAAUUUGGAGGCCGGUGUGAGUGCAAGCCACAUGUGAUUGGCCGGUGCUGUGAUACUUGUGCUCCCAAAACCUUUGGAUUUGGUCCCAGUGGUUGCACAUUGUGCAACUGUGAUCCUCAAGGUUCAUACGGGGAAAUGUGUGACCAAGUGAAUGGCCAAUGUCCUUGUCGUAGACAAAUCUUUGGGCGACAAUGCAACCAGUGCCAGCAAGGUUACUUUGGUUUUCCCAAUUGUCAACCAUGCCAGUGUAAUGGUAAAGCUGAAUUUUGUGACCCAGUUACUGGGGACUGCCUUAAUUGCAGAGACUUUACAACUGGAAAGCAUUGUGAAAGGUGCCUGGAUGGCUAUUAUGGAGAUCCAAAAGAAUCAUGUACACCAUGUUUAUGCCCUGAUACAAAAGCCAGUGGCCGUUAUUUUGCUCAUUCUUGUCACAAGGAUUUUAAUGCUCUACAGGUCAUCUGUGACUGCAUUGAAGGCUAUGUAGGCUCACAUUGUGACAAGUGUCCUCAAGGAUAUUAUGGCAGUCUGAAGCAACUAGGGGAUCGCUGUCUGCCUUGUCCAUGUAACAACAAUAUAGAUGUGCGAGAUGUCGGAUCCUGUGACCGUCUUACAGGAGUGUGCUUAAAGUGUCUUUACAACACCGAAGGUCCCAACUGCCAGUUUUGCAAGAAAGGGUAUUUUGGAUCUGCUCUUACUCAAAACUGCACAGCAUGUGCCUGCAAUCCUUUUGGAUCACACAGCAAGGCAUGCCCUAGCCCUGACCUCUGUGUGUGUGAUGAGACAACAGGACAGUGCCCAUGUUUGCCAAAUGUAACUGGUAAAAACUGUGAGGAGUGUACGCCUGGAUACUGGGACAUGGCUAGUGGGGAAGGAUGCCAACCAUGUGAUUGUGACCCUAGAGGCUCUCUGGGUACCCAGUGCAAUCAGUUUACUGGCCAGUGUGUUUGCCAGCCAGGAUUUGGAGGAAAAAGAUGUGAUCAAUGUGAGGAGAACUUUUUUGGUGACCCUGGAUCAAAAUGUUUGCCCUGCAACUGUAACACAGAAGGAACAGAGAAGCCAGUGUGUGAUCAAUAUACAGGGGCAUGCAACUGCCGCACUGGGAUCAUUGGCAGAUACUGUGAUCAGUGUGCCAGAGGUUUUCUUGAAGACUUCCCCAAAUGUACCCCUUGCCAUCCUUGCUUUAAACUGUGGGAUCAGGAAGUCGACAACUUUCAAUCUGCUCUUCAGAAACUGAAUUUAUCUGCAUCAAACCUGCACACUGAUAAAUUACCUACAUAUGAUAAACAGCUUACAGAAUUAGAAGAGAAACUUGCAACACUACAGAAACUUUUAAACGGCUCACUUUUAUCCAUGCUAGAUAUCCAAGAAGCAGAAUUGUUCUGUGAUAUAAUACGACAAUUAACCGAUGAAACGGAUCCAAACCUCAUUAUUAUAGAUGCAACAACUCUAUUAAAUAGUGAAAUUAAUAGCAUACGGAAGGAACUAGAUUUGCAUAUUGAAACUCUGGAAAAUAAAAUGAAGUGGUUGCCAAAGUUCAAUGUAGAAAAACUACUUGCUGCAUUUAAUUCUAUAAAAAAACAUUAUGAAGAGUCAAAUAAAGCCGAAGAAAGGAUCAAAAAUACUAAGUUAACCACAGACACGUCUGAAAACACCAGAAAAAAAGUGUCUGAUUUGCUUGACAAAACCAAAUUAAAAAAAGCUUUGGAUGAUUUAGAAAAAAAGCUAAAUGAACUUAACAUAGCUGCUAUCAAUGAGAAAGUUUGUGGGGCACCAGGUGAUACACAGUGCUCUAUAGCAACAUGUGGUGGAGCUUUAUGUAAGGAUGAGUAUGGAAAUCGGAAAUGUGGCGGAAUUGGCUGUAAAGGAAGCUUACCACUUGCACUCAACGCUACAGAAGAAGCAAGACAAACAGAUAUUAAAAUCAGCAAGUUCCUUGACCAGCUUAAAGAUUCAAAAAGAGAGAUUGCUGACACAAAAGUUAUGGUAAAGGAAACACAGAAAAAAGCAUCUGACCUGAUUGAGAAAAUAACGAAGAAUAAAGAAAGAAUUGAACAAGACAAGGAAAAAACUAAAGCUCUCAUCAAAAAAGUAAAAGACUUUUUAACAGGUGAAAGUGUAGAGCCUGAAGAUAUUGAAAAAGUUGCCAGGGCUGUUUUAUCAAUCAAGUUGCCUGAGUCACCAGAGGACUUUCUGAAAAAAGUAAAGGAUAGCUUUAUCAACAGCACAGAAUUUGAAAACGAGUUAAAGUUUUUGAAAGAACAAAAUGAUAAAGCGAAGAAGCUUUUGGAACAGGCAAAAAAAGUACAGAAAAAAGCCGAUUCUGUGGACCCUACAGAUGCCAAAAGAGCAAUUGAAGAAGCCAAUAAUGCCAAAGCCAGAGCAAAUGAAUCAAUUAAAAAAAUACAAGACAAAGUGCAAGAAAUCAAUGAAAACAUUGAUGAGACUGAAGAAAAAUUAAACACAAGUGAGGAUGCCUUAAUGGACAUCAUGAACAGACUUGGUAAUCUUAGCCGUGACAUUGAACAAUUGAGAAAUAAAACAGAACAGAAUAGACAGAUGGCAGAAGAUGUGAAAUUGUCAGCAGAAGAUGCUCUGGGUAAUGCUACUGAAAUUGAAAAGGAUUUUAAAACUGCUGUUACUCUGUAUGAGAUCUUGAAGUCCAAACAGAAAGGUCAAGGUGUCUCGAAAGAAGCACAAGAAAAGGUAGAAAAACUUCGGAAAGAAGCUGAAGAUAUAGCUAAAGAUAUUGCUGAUAAAAUGCAAACACUUGCAGAACUUGAAGAUAAAAUCCAGGAACUCAUUAAGAAUAAAGAAGAAAAAGCCAAUGAAGUUAGUGAGCUGGAGGCGAUUGUAAAAAGUAUUAGAGAUGAAAUUAUUGAAAAGGGAAUUGGCUAUAGCACAUGUUAGCUUUGAAACCUUUCUAAAAUGUGAUAUAUUGUAUAUAAAGACAAUUUUAAGAGUUAUUUGAUGCUUCUUACUCCAUUUUAUGGCAUUUUUUAUGGUUCACCAUGUUUGUUUGUUGCAAAUUUAGGGAAAUUGUAUCGCAGAAACAUAAAUGAAAUAAACGCGAUUUUAACUUCAAAA